GCAGCGGGGCCGGCGGGGCGCGAUGGCGGAGGGCGGGGACCCGCCCGCCCCGGGCAGCGCAGGUCGCAACCUGAAGGAGUGGCUGCGGGAGCAGUUCUGCGACCACCCGCUGGAGCACUGCGAGGACACCCGGCUGCACGACGCGGCCUUCGUGGGGGACCUGCCCACGCUGCGCAGCCUGCUGCAGGACGAGAGCUUCCAGAGGGAAUGGGGCUGCUCUAACCGUGUGUCCCCCCACCACAGCCGGAUCAACGAGAAGUCGGUGUGGUGCUGCGGGUGGCUGCCCUGCACCCCCCUGCGCAUCGCCGCCACCGCCGGCCACGGGCCCUGCGUCGACUUCCUGCUGCGCAAGGGGGCCGAGAUCGACCUGGUGGACGUCAAGGGGCAGACGGCUCUCUACGUGGCCGUGGUCAACGGGCACCUGGAGUGUGCCAAGAUCCUGCUGAAGGCCGGCGCUGAUCCCAACGGCAGCCGGCACCACCGCAGCACGCCGGUGUACCACGCGGCACGGGUGGGGCGCGCCGACAUCCUGCAGGAGCUCAUCAGGUACGGCGCGGACGUGGACGUGAACCAGCAGCUGGCGUCCCGCGGGCCGGGCCAGGCGCCGCGGCCGCUGACCACGCUGGUGGUGUGUCCCCUGUACAUCAGCGCUGCCUACCACAACCUGCCCUGCUUCCGCCUGCUGCUCCAGGCGGGAGCCAACCCGGAUUUUAACUGCUGCGGGCCCGUCAACGUGCGGGGCUUCUCGCGGGGCUCGCCUGUGUGCGUGCUGGACGCCGUCCUGCGGCACGGCUGCGAGCCGGCCUUCGUCCGCCUCCUCGUUGACUUUGGAGCGGAUCUCAACCUUGUCAAGGUGGAGGCCUUGGGAGUCGAGGCCGCGGGGAGGGUCAAGGUGAACGCCGAGGCGCUGGAGGUGUUCAAAGAAGCGAGGGGCCGCGCCCGGAGCCUCUUGUCUCUGUGCCGCAUAGCUGUGCGGAGAAUCCUUGGCAAAUCCCGCCUGGAUCUGAUCCCCAGCCUUCCCAUCCCAGACCCCAUUAAACAAUUUUUACUCCACGAACACAGUUAAAGGGUGGCUGGCUGCUUUUGGGGACAGUUUGACUUGGUAAAUGAGUGCCCUGACAGAGCCAGGUGCAAAUCCUGCCUCUUUUUCCUUCAUGGAGUGCACAUAAUUCCCUGCUCCUGUGGAUUUUUUUUUCUCCUCCAGAUAUAGGGUGCAGUGAUUCAGUGUCUUAUCUCCUUGGGGAGAGGCUGCUGAACGUGUGUGGGUGUUGCUGGAGCAAAUACAAUAUAUCCUGUAGCUGUUGGCAAAUGCGUAACCUCUGUUACUGAUCUGUGUCGCACACACACCUGGGGUCUCUGUGGCAUUUCUGUGCGGGGAAAGUGUCCCUACUUUACUAUUUUUCCCAUCACAGCACAUAAACCCAGAAGUUCCUACCUACAUGUUACUUCAUAUGCCGUGGUAAGACCAGAGAAAACUCACCCAGAUCCACGAAACAGGUCUGUUUUGUUUGCAUUGUGGAAAAGGGAGGAAAAAGGGGGUUAUUUUGAGGAGUUGGGAGAUUUUGUGCUUCUAAUCAUAGUGUUGCAUCCAGCAGCCUGGGCUCCAUUGACUUCCAGUGCCUCUUCAUGCCAAAACUCCCAGGAGAGUCAUUCUACAGGGAGUCAGCGGCCUUUUGUUGGGAUCUCAGGGUCAGCCAGUCAUGCUCAGUGCAGAGGAAUUGUUGUCAAAACUUCAGAAGGGUAGAGGUGAUGGUGCCUCAGGAUCUUAGGAAAAAUCUCAGGUGAUAAAUGGUACUUGCUUUAACUUUUCCGAUUCAAGUAAAGUCACUGUGUUGCAAGUUCAAUUUUUUUGGAUGAUUUUUCUUUACUAGCUCUUCUUCCCGUGCUCAUUCAGCUGGCAAAGGUAAUUUUCCAGAUGUUGACCUUAAAGACCAGAGAAUCCCACCUUGGUCUGGGUUGGGAAGGACCUUAAAGCCCACCUCCAAGCCCUUGCCAUGGGCAGGGACACUUCCACUAUCCCAGGUUGCUCCGAGCCUUGUCCCUGGACCCUAUGGGUUUACCCCGUAGGCCUCAACGCUGGUCCCAAAACGUUCUUUUCCCAGAGGCAUAAAUAAAUGCAAAAGCAAACCAAAGCAGAGGAUAUUUCCAGACCUUCUCCAGGUGAGGUGCAGGGGACAUGGAGCUGUGGGCAGGUGAGGAGGGGCAGUUCUGCACCGUUCCCUUCCCAGGCCUGCAGCUGGUUUUGGUUUUCCUGGCGCUGGCAGCGAGUCAUGCACUGGCUUUAUAGAGGUGUGAACAUGCCUGGGAGAUGCAAACCGGUUGUAAAGCCUCUUGGCACCUUGCUGGGGGAUCCAUAAUGGUUUGCAGGAGCUCACCAUGCUCCUGAGCUCCAGUAUGGGGAGGCAAAAAAUGAGGUGGACUGUGUUGAGAAAGUGCCACGGGAACAGUUUUUGGGGUUGGUUUUUCCCUGAGGAUUUUUAGUUGGUUUGUAAAUGGGACCCCCAGCUGGGGUAAAGGUGGUAGGAUGGAUGGGAGAACUGGAAGGACCCACAAGGAUCAUCAGUCCAGCUCCUGGCCCUGCAAAGACACCCCAACAAUCCCACCCUGUGCACUCCUGAGAGCAUUGUUCAAAUGUUCCUUGGGCUCUGGCAGCCUGGGGCUGGGACCAUUCCCUGUUCCUGUGCUCAGCCCCACUCUGGAUGGUGGUUCCACCUGGAAUAAGCUGCAGUGAAAUGCCUCAGUGGGAAUGUCAGAGAAAUUGAGAGAAUGGGCUCAACUCCGUGCUUGAUGUAAGUCUGGUCUGUAAUUAAAGCUGAGCCUGUUAACGUUAAUUAGAGAUCCCAUCCAAAGGAUUCCCCUGAGCAUGGAUCUCUCCAGGUCUAAGGAUGUAUCUCCCAGCCCAGCAGCAAACCAGCCUGAGGUUCAUCAGUGCCUUGGAGAUGGGCAGAAUCAAGGCUUUGGAGUGCCUGGAUCAUCCAUCCAACUUCCAUCUUCACUGAGGGGCUCUGCCUCUGGAAAAGACCAAACCUUUGGCUUGAGGGCCUGGAAUGAGUCCAGCCUGGGGACAACUCACAUGAAAUUAAGCUGUAAGUGCACAGGAUUCUGUUGGAAUGAGGUCCCUGUGGAGAUUGGUUGCUGAGGCUACUCAAACCCAGCUUUGCCGAGCUGGUUUAAUACACAGAGAAUUUGGAAUUUUCACUGCAGAGAGAUAAUAAUCUUGAAAUAAAUUCAGGAUAUUCAUAGACUUCAUUGUCAUGUCCUAUAUGGCAAAAGCCUGCAUCCUCUGCCUUACCCUCUCCUUUUAAACCUAGGAAACAAUAGUCUUACAGUAUGAAAUCUCAGUAAUUGAUGCAUUUCUGUCCUUUCACAUUAUAUAAACAGCAUUUCUUUUUGCCUUAGCUUGGACUUCACCAUUCCCUCCUAUGCAGCAAAGCAUUCCCUUUUGUAAAGGUGUUUUUCCCCAUGUUGUCCAUGAGGUGUGCUCAGAAAAUGUGAGUAAAAAUUGAGAUCUGUGAAGCUAUGGGUGGGAAAAUAAACAUUCCUGCAGUGUACAUCCCAUCCAUUGAAAAAUGCCCAUUAUAUUUGUGCAGUAUAUCUAAAGUGUGUGUGGCCUGGUCUUGCUGGAAGCUUGAAUGGACAGGAUAAAAAGAUUUGGCAAACGCUUGAAGAGCCAAACCAAGUCUGAAAUCAGCCAGGCUGCUCCAAAGCUGUCCUUUCAUGUUGGCUUUCUUGUCUUUGUUGCUGG